GCGUGUGCCAGCUUGCAAAACUUGGCAUCUGCCUUUUGAUUGUAGCUAGCUGCUAGCCCCAUCUUCACGUGAUCUGCUUCAACCCGGCCUCUUUUGUUUGCUUCUCCUCCUAUAAAUUAAUCAUCCUCUCUCUUUACCAUCUCCACUACACCACUCCUCUCUCUUUCUCCAUCAUGGACUCCUCAAAGAUCUAUGCCUACCUCUUCCUCUGCAUGCUCCUCAUCUCCUCUGCCACCCCCAUUCUCGGCUGCGGCUACUGUGGCAAUGGCAAACCCCCCAAGAAGCACCAACCCAAACCAAAGACACCUGUUGUGAGGCCUCCAGUCACAGUUCCUCCCAUUGUCAAGCCACCAGUUGUUAUCCCUCCCAUCACAGUGCCUCCAAUUGUGAAGCCACCAAUUACACUUCCACCAAUAGUGAAGCCCCCAGGCAUUCUCCCCCCGGUGCUAAACCCACCAUACACACCUUCACCAUCACCAGGGAAUAACAAGGGAACUCCAUGCCCUCCACCCAAGUCCCCAGCACAGGCUACAUGCCCCAUUGACACGCUCAAACUCGGUGCCUGUGUGGAUCUCCUUGGUGGCUUGGUCCACAUUGGUUUGGGAGACCCCGUUGCCAACCAGUGCUGCCCCGUGCUUCAAGGACUCGUUGAGCUUGAAGCUGCCGUUUGUCUUUGCACCACUCUUAAGCUCAAGCUUCUCAACCUCAACAUUUAUGUCCCACUUGCUCUUCAGCUUCUUGUCGCUUGUGGAAAGUCUCCUCCUCCUGGUACACUUGCUCCCUCUAAACCAGUGAUGAAAAGAUUGAGGAAUAUAUGGUCAAAAUCGACAUGAGAGGAUGUCGAGCCACUCCAAUCUAUCUCUCUUCUCUCUCCUUUGAUUGGAAUUGCUGUUGUUUCUUUUGCUAUUAUUUGUAAAACCAUUUGUUUGAUGCAUGUAUGUUUUAAUCCUAGGCAAGUAGCAGCAAGAUGCUUCUCUGUGACAUUUUUAAUUAUUUAUAUGAAUUGUGCUUUGUUAAAUUUAUCUCUCUCUUGUUGUAUAACAUUUGCUUCAGUUGGGGAUCUGCUGUUCCAUCUCCAAUCUCCAAAGAAAAAAAAUCUUAAUUACCAUA